AUGCAUAUCUGCUUCAUGGGGAUGCCAGGGAUCCUGGGAAAUGGAAUGUGUCUCAAGGAAGUAGGUCGGUCGGACGGACAAUGAAAAAUCUACUGAACAACUGUCUUGUUACCCAGGUUAUUGGAAAGGAUGCGAAUGUUAUGUUGGUGACCUUGGCAGCCAAAUGUUUGGCUGGACUAGCUGCUGGGCUCCGGAAGAAGUUUGGAACAUAUGCAGGACAUGUAAGUUAACUAGCUAGCUAUCCUCAAGGCAGUGGGAACAUCUCUUUAUACAUCUUGAUUUCUGACAAAAAGGAGAAAUACUUAGCGCGUAACAUAUGUUUUCAAGGUGGUGCCAACUAUUUUAGAAAAGUUUAAAGAGAAGAAACCUCAAGUGGUCCAGGCCUUGCAAGAGGCUAUUGAUGCAGUCUUCCUUACUGUGAGUAUACUAUCAUCCAGUGUAUGUACGUAUAAAUUGCAUUUGGAUUACUGUUAUAGUGCUAUUUGGGUUGUUAAUUGGAUUAUUUCCACAAUUUCUUGAUUUCAAUUUUUUAAAUAUUUUUUUUAUUGGUUAUUUGUGUACUUGUUUGACAUUAUACUGCAUUGUUAGGAGCUAGUAACAUGACCAAUAAACUUUGAUUUGACUAUAUCUAUAUGUGAAUUAACUGGUCAAAGUUUGGAUAUUCAAUCAAAGAUCCAUCAGAUAUUGUGCUUGUUUUGAGAUAUUAUUUGUUUGAUAAUGAUUUGAUCCAGUUAAAAACAUUCCAGGCUGCCUCUGUAUAUUUUCAAUGUCUUGUUUUUGACACAAUGCUAUCACUGUUUUUCAGACAACUCUCCAGAAUAUCAGUGAGGAUGUAUUGGGGGUGAUGGACAAUAAGAACCCUUCCAUCAAACAACAGGCGUCUCUGUUCCUGGCCAGAAGCUUCCGCCACUGUACCCAAACCACAUUGCCGAAGAGCAUGCUCAAAGCUUUCUGCCCUGCAUUUCUCAAGGUAUCUGAACAUUUCCUAUUUCUAAACAGGCAAAUUCAGGGCUGGUUUCCCAGACACAGAUUAAGCCUAGUCCUGGACUAAAAAUCAUGCUUAGUCUAGACUCUAACAUUAAAGGUGCUUUUUUUUUUGUCCAGGACUAGGCUUAAUCUGUGUCUGGGAAAAUGGCCCUCUGUGUUCAAAUUACAGUGGGGGAAAAAAGUAUUUAGUCAGCCACCAAUUGUGCAAGUUCUCCCACUUAAAAAGAUGAGAGAGGCCUGUAAUUUUCAUCAUAGGUACACGUCAACUAUGACAGACAAAUUGAGAAAAGAAAAUCCAGAAAAUCACAUUGUAGGAUUUUUAAUGAAUUUAUUUGCAAAUUAUGGUGGAAAAUAAGUAUUUGGUCACCUACAAACAAGCAAGAUUUCUGGCUCUCACAGACCUGUAACUUCAUCUUUAAGAGGCUCCUCUGUCCUCCACUCGUUACCUGUAUUAAUGGCACCUGUUUGAACUUGUUAUCAGUAUAAAAGACACCUGUCCACAACCUCAAACAGUCACACUCCAAACUCCACUAUGGCCAAUACCAAAGAGCUGUCAAAGGACACCAGAAACACAAUUGUAGACCUGCACCAGGCUGGGAAGACUGAAUCUGCAAUAGGUAAGCAGCUUGGUUUGAAGAAAUCAACUGUGGGAGCAAUUAUUAGGAAAUGGAAGACAUACAAGACCACUGAUAAUCUCCCUCGAUCUGGGGCUCCACGCAAGAUCUCACCCCGUGGGGUCAAAAUGAUCACAAGAACGGUGAGCAAAAAUCCCAGAACCACACGGGGGGACCUAGUGAAUGACCUGCAGAGAGCUGGGACCAAAGUAACAAAGCCUACCAUCAGUAACACACUACGCCGCCAGGGACUCAAAUCCUGCAGUGCCAGACGUGUCCCCCUGCUUAAGCCAGUACAUGUCCAGGCCCGUCUGAAGUUUGCUAGAGUGCAUUUGGAUGAUCCAGAAGAGGAUUGGGAGAAUGUCAUAUGGUCAGAUGAAACCAAAAUAUAACUUUUUGGUAAAAACUCAACUCGUCGUGUUUGAAGGACAAAGAAUGCUGAGUUGCAUCCAAAGAACACCAUACCUACUGUGAAGCAUGGGGGUGGAAACAUCAUGCUUUGGGGCUGUUUUUCUGCAAAGGGACCAGGACGACUGAUCCGUGUAAAGGAAAGAAUGAAUGGGGCCAUGUAUCGUGAGAUUUUGAGUGAAAACCUCCUUCCAUCAGCAAGGGCAUUGAAGAUGAAACGUGGCUGGGUCUUUCAGCAUGACAAUGAUCCCAAACACACCGCCCAGGCAACGAAGGAGUGGCUUCGUAAGAAGCAUUUCAAGGUCCUGGAGUGGCCUAGCCAGUCUCCAGAUCUCAAGCCCAUAGAAAAUCUUUGGAGGGAGUUGAAAGUCCGUGUUGCCCAGCGACAGCCCCAAAACAUCACUGCUCUAGAGGAGAUCUGCAUGGAGGAAUGGGCCAAAAUACCAGCAACAGUGUGUGAAAACCUUGUGAAGACUUACAGAAAACGUUUGACCUGUGUCAUUGCCAACAAAGGGUAUAUAACAAAGUAUUAAGAAACUUUUGUUAUUGACCAAAUACUUAUUUUCCACCAUCAUUUGCAAAUAAAUUCAUAAAAAAUCCUACAAUGUGAUUUUCUGGAUUUUUUUCCCCCUCAUUUUGUCUGUCAUAGUUGACGUGUACCUAUGAUGAAAAUUACAGGCCUCUCUCAUCUUUUUAAGUGGGAGAACUUGCACAAUUGGUGGCUGACUAAAUACUUUUUUUCCCCACUGUAUGUCCUCCAAUUUGUGAAUGAGUGUGUGGAAUAAUGCUCCUACUCCCCAUCUCUCGAUUAACCCUCUCAGCAAGUGAAUGAUUCGGCCCCAGAGGUGAGAGAUGCUGCGUAUGAAGCUUUGGGUACAGCCAUGAAGGUGGUGGGUGAGAAGGCUGUCAACCCAUUCCUGGCUGAUCUUGAUAAACUCAAGCUUGACAAGGUGAGACAAGGCUAGGGAUGUUGCGGUGACCGUAUUACCGCCACACCGGCAGUCACGAGUCAUGAAGGCAGUCAAAUUCCACGUGACCGUUUAGUCACGGUAAUUAGGCUUCUCCAAGGUCUGAUUCUGCUGAUGGUCAUUAGUAGCCUACCAAACUUGCUAACUGCCUGGUACUCAGCACUCUAUUUUCCCUCUAAUCACUCUGACAUCAUUGCAAAUGUAAUCGAAAAUCUAAUCAAACACUUCAUGAGAGCUCAUGUGGCACAACAUAUCUAUUGCUAUGCAAUUGUGCGAGAAAACAGAGUGAUGGCCUCUAUUAAAAAGAGGAGGAUCCCAUCAGCUUUCUAUAGGCUAGGCCUACUAUAUUUAUUUCUCAACUUUCCUAAUAUUAAGCACAUUGCUUAGCUUUACAACAGGAGUAUAGCCUACCUGGCUAGCAUGAAAAUGAACCACAGGAAAAGCGUCCUCCAUUCGCUAUUUAAGUGCAUAGAUGACAUGUAUUUUUCCCCUGCCCAUGUUUCGAGACAGGUGCAUGAUAAUGGUCCAUUCUAAUUCAAAUCAAAUUUCACACAUAUUAUUUAGUAUAUGUAAAGACAAGAUUAAAUCAAGAACAGUCUGAUUGGUGACAAUAUUAGCCUAGCACUUGUGAAUGAUAUAUUAUCACUUGUGAAUGAUGCCCAGCGUAAAGCAAGAAACUGCCUUUGAUUAGAAAAAGUAGCAAAACAUAGUCGCACACCUCAUGUAGCCUAGCCCAUAGGCCUAUAUGUUUUGAUAAGGUUUGUAUCACAACUAAAGUGGCCAAAUACCUUCUUAAAAUGAAACACAUUAAUCUGCUUUACAAGGGGUGUAGAGCCUAACUGGCAUACAUAAGCAGUGCGUGAGUUUCAAGUUUGGGGAAGAUAAUUUUCACCAUAAAAAUGCACCUUUACAAUAAAAGCAUUACAUGCAUAAUCGCAUUUGCGGUCACUUUUGAUAAUGGUGUUUUCCCGCUAAUGGAACAUUCGCACUUAUAGUCUACUGCCGUGUGCGCAUUGCUGCGCUUAUAAUGUAGCCUAAUAGUUUAUAAACAAUUUAAGCUAAAUGUUCUGAUCUGUUGCGUCAGCCACAUUGCGUGAAAAAGGGUUUUUGAUUCUAGUGGUUGUAUUAAUUUGAGAUCUAUCGCAUCCCACAACUGUCCCAGACAGAAUAGGUCAACUUUUAUACUAUGGGGGAUAGUAGACUGACAUAGGCAAGUGCUUUUGCUGUUUGUUAGGCCUACUCAUCUUGUUGGCUGACGAAAAGUAAAUGUGGACAGUUCUUCCAAUAUCUGCAAUAUGCACCUCGGAAUUGGAUAAGGACGCGCGCAGUUGAGUCCCCGAUGUGUCUGUCUUCACUUGUAGCCUGUGAGAAAUACCUGAUCACGUGAUGGAGAGCCAUGUGAGUGAGAGGUGCUUCGGAGUGUGCAGCACUCGGGGAGAAGGGCACAACGCAGCACUCCUGGCCAAGGGCACAAUGGCCACUGGCCGCAAAAGGCAUGGAUUUUUUUAGGGUGCAUUACUGCCACAUAAAGUGGAUGCCGCCGGGAAAUUCGAGGCAUUAUCAAGUGCUUGUCAAAUUGUGAAUGAGAGACUAAUGAAGUGCGUACAGUCUGUGCAAAAAACAAAGCAGAGCUCAUGCCUUUCAAGCGACUUUAGUCUCAUCAUGCAGCCUUACAAUGUAUUAAAAAUCUAAACAUACAGCCCAACGUUUGUAGAACAACUAAAGUUACAUGAAUAACUCUAAAUUAAGCAUAUAGGAGUACCUAUUUCUUUGUUAACUGCUCAACACAGAAUAGCCGCAUGUGCGCACUCCUUCAAAUCGUUUGGAGAAAAUAUCCUUUCUAUUUAUUCAGCUUUGUUCAAUUGUAUUCUUCAUACUAUAAAACAAUGCCACAGAAUUAUAAGCAAAUCUUGUCUGCUAAAUUAACUAGUGUAGCCCGCAGCCAUUUUGCAUAGCCAGAUUAGGACCUAACAUAAGGACAACUCAGAGUAUGCUAUUCUGUUCUUCUGAAAUAGACUACAUUUUCUUCAUAUCAUGUUUCUUUAGACCUGUCUAAAAUAAAUCAUGGAUUUAUUGUGAAGGUGUAGGCUAUAUUACAUGGAUUUAUUACUUUUUUAAAUGUAGAUGUUCCAAAGGUCUGCAUCAGUGGCUUGUAGGCGACGCGUGGAAGCCAGGAGAAGCUAAAUGUGUUUGUUAAUUAACAGACAGUUAUUUGCUUGACAAUCACCGGCUGACUAAAUUUCGUGACCGCCACAGCCUUAGGCUAUAUAAAAUAUGUAUCAGUCUUUCAUUUUCAAUAUAUAUCCUUAUCGGUGUCUUUAUUACUAUCAGUCUAUUGUUAUCUUGUGUUGCUUAUCCUGUGUGAAAUUAGUUUACCCCUUCAGACUAGUUGUGGCCUAAUGCCAAUGUAGAUGAGUUCUUUAUUGGAUAAGGGUUGUAUUAUGAGUGAGUGAGGUUGUACCCUUUUUGAAGUUUAGCCGUUUUUAAAGGGUUGACAACAAAUGAAAUUAACUGACCUCCAUCCAUCUCUAAAUGAACAGAUCAAAGAAAGUGCUGAUAAAGUGGAACUGCCGGGAAAGAGAGGGGUGGAGAAGGUGGCACCUGCUGCCAAGGUAGCACCCCCUGCUGCGAAUCCAACUAGAUCCUCUGGACCACCCAAGAAGGCCCCAGCAGCUAAGGUGUGAUUGAUUGUACAAUUAAAAUGCAUAUAAAGCCACUUCAGCCUGAGACAACUUUACAAAGUGAAUCCCAGGCUACCAGUUUUGUUCACCAGGCUCACUACACUACAUCUGAUGAGACACAGGAACCAUAAGAAUAAGAAUAGAUUACAUUUAUAUAGUGCCUUUCCACGUACAGUAGGUGUUCAAAGAAGUUAUAUCUUUUUUUUGUGUUCUUCAUUAUUUUGCAGUCUGGUGGACCUCCUAAGAAAGGGAAAUCUGCCUCUGCUCCGAGUGCCAAAGGAAAGAAAGUUCCUGAAACAAAGGAAUUCAUAGAGACAGAGCUAUCGGUAAGUUGGCUCAUAACGUUACAUGGCUGUUUCGCAGAUUGAAAUGUGCAGCCAUUUCACCGUUGGAAUACUCAAUUGCGUUUUGAUGCUUUAGUGAUAUACUUCAACAUGAGUGCGUGAGUGAAGCACUCAUCUCUAUGGUUGGCUCUGGCCCUCUGAUCCCGGUUCCUCUCUAGGUUUCUUCUUUCUAGGGAGUUUUUACUCUUUCAUUAACUUGAGUGCGUUCUUCUGUGUCCACUAGAUUGAGGUAUGUGAGGAGAAGUCGUCCGCGGUGCUCCCAGCCUCCUGUAUGCAGCUGCUGGACUCCGCUAACUGGAAGGAGAGACUGGCCAGCAUGGAGGAGUUUCAGAAGGUAACUAGUUUUAACCUUGUGUAGUUUGAAAGUAUUCAGACCCCCUCCCCUUUUCCACAUUGUUACGUUACAGCCUUAUUCUAAAAUUGAUUAAAUAAUUUUUUUCCCCUCAUCAAUCUACACAAAAUACACCAUAAUGACAAAGCGAAAACAGGUUUUAGAAAUUUGUGCACAUUUAAUGAAAAAUUAAAACAGAAACCUUGUUUAAAUAAGUAUUCUGACCCUUUGCUAUGAGACUCGAAAUUGAGCUCAGGUGCGUCCUGUUUUCAUUGAUCAUUCUUGAGAUGUUUCUACAACUUGAUUGGAGUCCACCUGUGGUGAAUUCAAUUGAUUGGACAUGAUUUGGAAAGGCACACACCUGUCUAUAUAAGGUCCCACAGUUGACAGCGCAUGUCAGAGCAAAAACCAAGCCAUGAGGUCGAAGGAAUUGUCCGUAGAGUUCCGAGACAGGAUUGUGUCGAGGCACAGAUCUGGGGAAGGUUAACAAAAACUUUCUGCAGCAUUUAAGGUCCCCAAGAACACAGUGGCCUCCAUCAUUCUUAAAUGGAAGAAGUUUGGAACCACCAAGAUUCUUCCUAGAGCUGACUGCCCAGCCAAACUGAGCAAUCGGGGGGGAAGGGCCUUGGUCAGGGAGGUGACCAAGAACCCGAUGGUCACUCUGACAGAGCUCCAGAGUUCCUCUGUGGAGAUGGGAGAACCUUCCAGAAGGACAACCAUAUCUGCAGCACUCCACCAAUCAGGCCUGUUAUGGUAGUUCCAGACGGAAGCCACUCCUCAGUAAAAGGCACAUGACAGCCCGCUUGGAGUUUGCCAAAAGGCACCUAAAGACUCUCAGACAAUGAGAAACAAGAUUCUCUGGUCUGAUGAAACCAAGAUUGAACUCUUUGGCCUGAAUGCCAUGCGUUAUGUCUGUAGGAAACCUGGCACCAUCCCUACAGUGAAGCAUGGUGGUGGCAGCAUCAUGCUGUGGGGAUGUUUUUCAGCGGCAGGGACUGGAAGACUAGGCAAGAUCGAGGGACAGAUGAACGAAACAAAGUACAGAGAGAUCCUUGUUGAAAACCUGCUCCAGAGUGCUCAGGACUGCAGACUGGGGGGUGAAGGUUCACCUUCCAACAGGACAACGACCUGUUGGAAGCACACAGCCAAGAAAACGCAGGAGUGGCUUCGGGACAAGUCUCUGAAUGUUCUUGAGUUGCCCAGCCAGAGCCCGGACUUGAACCCGAUCGAACAUCUCUGGAGAGACCUGAAAAUAGCUGUGAAGUGACACUCCCCAUCCAACCUGACAGAGCUUGAGGGGAUCUGCAGAGAAGAAUGGGAGAAAUUCCCCAAAUACAGGUGUGCCAAGCUUGUAGUGUCAUACCCAAGAAGACUCAAGGCUGUAAUCGCUGCCAAAGGUGCUUCAACAAAGUACUGAGUAAAGGGUCUGAAUACUUAUGUACAGUGGGGGGAAAAAGGUAAUUAGUCAGCCACCAAUUGUGCAAGUUCUCCCACUUAAAAAGAUGAGAGGCCUGUAAUUUUCAUCAUAGGUACACGUCAACUAUGACAGACAAAAUGAGAGAGAAAAAUCCAGAAAAUCACAUUGUAGGAUUUUUUAUGAAUUUAUUUGCAAAUUAUGGUGGAAAAUAAGUAUUUGGUCAAUAACAAAAGUUUAUCAAUACUUUGUUAUAUACCCUUUGUUGGCAAUGACACAGGUCAAACGUUUUCUGUAAGUCUUCACAAGGUUUUCACACACUGUUGCUGGUAUUUUGGCCCAUUCCUCCAUGCAGAUCUCCUCUAGAGCAGUGAUGUUUUGGGGCUGUCGCUGGGCAACACGGACUUUCAACUCCCUCCAAAGAUUUUCUAUGGGGUUGAGAUCUGGAGACUGGCUAGGCCACUCCAGGACCUUGAAAUGCUUCUUACGAAGCCACUCCUUCGUUGCCCGGGCGGUGUGUUUGGGAUCAUUGUCAUGCUGAAAGACCCAGCCACGUUUCAUCUUCAAUGCCCUUGCUGAUGGAAGGAGGUUUUCACUCAAAAUCUCACGAUACAUGGCCCCAUUCAUUCUUUCCUUUACACGGAUCAGUCGUCCUGGUCCCUUUGCAGAAAAACAGCCCCAAAGCAUGAUGUUUCCACCCCCAUGCUUCACAGUAGGUAUGGUGUUCUUUGGAUGCAACUCGGCAUUCUUUGUCCUCCAAACACGACGAGUUGAGUUUUUACCAAAAAGUUAUAUUUUGGUUUCAUCUGACCAUAUGACAUUCUCCCAAUCCUCUUCUGGAUCAUCCAAAUGCACUCUAGCAAACUUCAGACGGGCCUGGACAUGUACUGGCUUAAGCAGGGGGACACGUCUGGCACUGCAGGAUUUGAGUCCCUGGCGGCGUAGUGUGUUACUGAUGGUAGGCUUUGUUACUUUGGUCCCAGCUCUCUGCAGGUCAUUCACUAGGUCCCCCCCGUGUGGUUCUGGGAUUUUUGCUCACCGUUCUUGUGAUCAUUUUGACCCCACGGGGUGAGAUCUUGCGUGGAGCCCCAGAUCGAGGGAGAUUAUCAGUGGUCUUGUAUUUCUUCCAUUUCCUAAUAAUUGCUCCCACAGUUGAUUUCUUCAAACCAAGCUGCUUACCUAUUGCAGAUUCAGUCUUCCCAGCCUGGUGCAGGUCUACAGUUUUGUUUCUGGUGUCCUUUGACAGCUCUUUGGUCUUGGCCAUAGUGGAGUUUGGAGUGUGACUGUUUGAGGUUGUGGACAGGUGUCUUUUAUACUGAUAACAAGUUCAAACAGGUGCCAUUAAUACAGGUAACGAGUGGAGGACAGAGGAGCCUCUUAAAGAUGAAGUUACAGGUCUGUGAGAGCCAGAAAUCUUGCUUGUUUGUAGGUGACCAAAUACUUAUUUUCCACCAUUAAUUUGCAAAUAAAUUCAUAAAAAAUCCUACAAUGUGAUUUUCUGGAUUUUGUUUUCUUCUCAAUUUGUCUGUCAUAGUUGACGUGUACCUAUGAUGAAAAUUACAGGCCUCUCAUCUUUUUAAGUGGGAGAACUUGCACAAUUGGUGGCUGACUAAAUACUUUUUUCCCCCACUGUAAAUGUGAUAUUUCUGUUUUUUAUAAUACAUUUGCUAACAUUUCUGAAAUGUUUUUGCUUUGUCAUUAUGGGGUGUUGUGUGUAGAUUGAUGUGGGACAAAAAACAAUUUAAUCAAUGUUAGAAUAAGGCUGUAACGUAACAAAGUGGAAAAAGUUGAGGGGUCUGAAUACUUUCUGAAUGCACUGUACCUCAUAAUAUAAUACAUUUUGUGUUCUGUUUAAUUCUGUGCUUUUGCUCAUGUCACGAACAUGCUCCGUACAACAUAAUGCUAUUGUCUACUGAAUUCCAAUGUGUUUUUAACAUCUACAACUGGCAUAUAAACCUUUUUUUUGUUGCUUUAACCUGACUGGGAAUUACAUGUGUAAAUAGGUUAUAGACAUAGAUGAAGUGGUGGAGUUAUGGACUGUUGUCUUAUGCUAUGUUCUUGUCAUGUGACUGUCAUCAGGCUGUGGAGCAGAUGGACAAGAGUGAGAUGCCCUGCCAGGCUCUGGUCAGGAUGCUGGCCAAGAAACCAGGCUGGAAAGAGACUAACUUCCAGGUACAGCAUACCAAGUUUAAACACUUACCGCUUAAAUGGACUCAUCGUAUAUCUUUUUUUUUAGAGGACAGUCCCUUUUUUUGGGUAUUGGACAAUGUUUUUGUCCUGUCAUUAUUUUGGAUGCGUGUAGAAAAAAAGAUGUAUUCACUAGAUUGAUCCACCCACAUGGCUCUGUCUUCUGUUCAGGUGAUGCAGAUGAAGCUCCACAUCGUGGGUCUGAUAGCCCAGAAGGGCUCCUUCUCCAAGACGUCUGCCUUCGUGGUGCUGGACGGCCUGGUUGAUAAAAUAGGAGAUGUGAAGUGUGGGGUUAAAGCUAAGGAGGGCCUGACUGCUACUGCCGAGGCCUGCUCCCUCCCCUGGACUGCUGAACAGGUCUGUUGAUGUUGUCAGUAUUUGUUGAUGACACUGCUGUUCUGUUAGUCUGUUGUUUUUAGAAUGAAAAUAAUAAAAGUAACAAAUAUGAGAACACGAGUAAGAUAAAUAUCACAAGAGUUAAAGUUCUCAGUCACUGCGACGGGUUUCCGUCAAGGAUUCUGGAGAAGUCAUUUUUGAGAAGUGUAGAGCCACAAUAAACAUCUCUGGGGGGGGGAGAGACGACCUAGCCUAAAACAGACAGUUGCAUAUCUGUUCUACAAAAUAUAUUCCCAAAUAUUUUAUUUUCUGUUACAAUGUGUGCACUGAACUGACAUGCAUGAUUGUUGAUGACACGCCGAUGUUCUGAUCAAGGUAUUUAAAUAGUCUAUAUGAUGGACAUCACAGCGUCGCUCAACUCAGACAGCAGUGUGUAGCCUACUGUAGCUGCUGGAAAAGUUAUUCAAAGCCUUUAGUACUUUCCAGUGCUACUAUCUUUGCCAUGUAAUGGUGUUAUUAAAAAUAAAUCAGACAGCCCCAUAGUAGGAUAGUUGACCUAUUACCUAGUCUGCUAGUUGUGUGUUCUAUACAAGGUCAAUAUUCCUCUCGAGGUGCAUUCAAGUUGCGAGAGCCAUUGGCGGGGAAACGUAUUCUGACAAGCAGUCAAUGCACAACAAUUCUUAAUGCAAUUGCGAGAGAACACUUUUGAAAGCAGUUUUGGCCUUUUGAUUUGUUUUUAAAGAGGGGGAUCCCAGUUUUACAUUGCUACCACAUUUAUUUCUCUACUCGUGAAAUUGUGCGUGUGCCGUUGUUUUACAACCAGGUUUAGGCGCAGCUGCUCAAUAGAGCUCUUAAAGUGGCAUUGUCAUCUUAAAAGGACAAUGACAUACUUUGUAAUAUAUAUAUAUAUUAUUUUCUCCAAAUUGUCGGAGUGAAUAAUAAUAAAUUAUAUAUUCAUAUUUAUAAUAUUAACAACAAUCAGGAUGUGUCCGAUGGGGUAAAUGCAGAUAGACAAACCCCAUGUUUCAGCCUAUGUGUAUUUUAUAGCCACUAUGCUUCAGCAGUUGGACUACAAGUGAUAAUGCUUAUUGCUAAUAGCACAUCUGAUAAUAUAGACCAUCAUUUAUACCAAUAUUUUUGUCAUUGGGCCCUUUUUUGUGUCUGCAUUUUAUUUUCAUAGUUUUUGUAGUAGAAUGUCCUUUUUAAAAAGUCACCCAAACUGAGCUUCCCAGUCCUUCUACAUAAACAGUAUCCUGGGGAGGCCCCUGACCCCCUAAGCAUUAUCCUGGGGAGGCCCCUGACCCCCUAAGCAUUAUCCUGGGGAGGCCCCUGACCCCCUAAGCAAGGGGACUGGAAUUGGUCAAACACUCAGUUUAGUACAUGUACAAAAUGACGAUUUUUCCCUAAAAGCAUGAUGGUGGUCAUGACUUUCUUACAUGAAAGGGAGUUGAACUUGGCCCCAACCAAUCGAACUGAGAUCGCCUUAAGUUUCAGUCAUGGACAUUUUUUUAUUUUAUUUGUGUAUGUAAGUUGUUCACUAGUGUGCUUCAUCCCUCAGGUGGUCUCCAUGGUUUUUGCACAGAAGAAUCCUAAAAAUCAAGCUGAAACCCUCAACUGGUUGGCUAACGCCAUGAAGGAAUUUGGAUUUGCUGGGUAAGUUUCUUACUUUCCAUUAUUGGAGGUGUAUUCAUAUAACAAUAUCAAAGCAUUGUGUCCUAUGAUUUAGAUAUUCUAAUUCACAAAAUCAUUGUGGUAACACAAGUCUGCAGGUAAAAUGCUUUAUGUGUUAUAAACAUGUAUGAUAAUGGUACGUAUGUACAUGUUUAUUCCUGCAGCAUCAAUGUGAAGGGUUUCAUCAACAACGUAAAAACAGCGUUGGGAGCGACCAACCCUGCGGUGCGGACAGCAGCCAUCACCCUCCUAGGAGUCAUGUACCUGUACAUGGGAGCUCCUCUACGCAUGUUCUUCGAGGAUGAGAAACCUGCCCUACUGAAACAGAUAGACGAUGAGUUUGAAAAGGUAGGAAAAACAUGUGUGAGCAACAUGUUGAGUGAAGUAAACAAUAUAGUAUUUGGUGUAUAUAAUGUCAUUUAUUUUUAUGACUGCCGUCUCUUUGAAAUUGGUAGCUUGAGGUUUAUUUAAACUUCGAUCUGUUCGGUCUACAUAAGUUGAAUCUCUUGUGAACAGACUAUGUAAACUAUUCUGGUACCGUAGAUCUGUCAUCAUGCUAUGGGAUGAGCAGCAUUAGUUCCAGUGUUUGGGUUUUCGUCACUGCUUAUUUGGACGAAUCAGGAUUGGGCGAAGGCAGUGGUCCAACUUUGGGUGGGGAUAUCCAGCCUGAUUUAAAAACAGGUGGAAUUAUCGGGGAGGGGGAGGCUGAGAGUUUCCUUUUGCGAGGGUGGAGACUAGUGAUGUUAAUCGGUUAGCUGCCGGAAAUACAUUUGACCGAUCAUGCUUAACGGUUUAUAGGUUAUUUUGUGGAAUUAAAUUGGCGCGUGUUAGUCGUCAUGCAUUUUAUUUAUCACACGCGCACAGCAUACAGAGACUAGUUGGAGGAGUGGACAAUCCUACCACCACCUGUCAGACAGCACCAGAGUAGCUCCUCAAAAAGCCAGUAGGCUACUGGAGUAAAACCUGCUUUUGGAAGCCCAGUCAUUGCGCAACAAAUAACAAUUCUAAAUGCAAUCGCGUGUCAAUUUUGGUGGCCCCGAUUUAAAAAGGAGCUUUUUUCUUCUUCUUUUCUUGUGAAGCGGGCCCCCCAUGCGCCAUUCGGAUGCAAGGCUAUAGCCUGCCUACUGUUGACUAUCAGCACGUCACCCACUUCUUUUCAAUGUGAGCUUGAGGCAGUAUAAUUGUUUGAAACCUGAACGUUUUACUUUACUUCAAAUAAUGAGGCAUCUCUUACCUUGCUUUAAAGUAGCCUUGCGAAAAUCCAUCCAUAGAAACGUGGAGGCAAUUAUUUUAUAAAGACUUCCUCAUGCCGUUAACCAGCAUUUCUCCUGUUCUAUUGGUUUUCAUAUCAGCUUUCUUUCGUUGUCCAGAAGCCAAAGGCACAAUCCUAGUCAUAUUAGCAACCCAUCAUAGUAGUUGCUAUUAGAUUCACCCUCUUUCUAAGUUUCUAACUGAGAUUUUCAUCUGUCACAUGAAACUGCUCACAUUAGGUGUGCAGUUUAGAACUGUGUUUUCUGUUAAUUGCUUUUGGACAAAUGUUUGAAAAUGAUGUUUUAUUAGCUGCUUAAUUUCAGGAGUUGCAUGUUCAAUAAUAGGCUAUAGCUUUUUGACUGUAAGAUGAUCGACUUGCUAUUAAUGAAAAAUGUCCAGUCCUUGUAUGCAUGCAUAGUGUCAGGGAGGAAGAAGCGAAGCGAGAGGUUCCACUCUCGCCAACAUCUGUCCAAAAUAAGUCCAAAGCGUUUCUAUGGGCUUAUUUUGGUCCUUAACUUGUUGCCUGCAUUCCCGCCUUCCCAUUGUUGGAAACAUAAGCAUCUCGUCAUUAUAUACAGAUCUCUGAUAGUAUUUUCUGUUGGUCACGUCAUUUUUACUUAAAAAAAAAAAAAAUGUAUCUGUUUGUUGACCGGUUAAUGAGGGUCAGUUAGUCGGCAGCAAAUUUGACCAAAAUGUGCAUCCCUAGUGGAGAGUUCGCAAAACCAGAAAUCUCAAUUUCUAACACGCCCCCCCCCCCGAACCUAACUGAGGAUCUGACCAAAUUACGUGGGAUUUUCGUUCUAACUAAACUGAGAUUAACAUAAGAUUGAUGUCAGAAAGGCAUAUAAGAAAUGUUUAUAUGCACAGGUAUAUAUAUUUUCAAUUUGACUGAUGAGAUUGCUGCUUUUGCCUCUUCAGAUGCAAGGCCAGUCUCCUCCGGCUGCGUUCAGAGGAGCCAAGAAAGGAGGGACAGAGGAGGAUGGAGAGGAGGCAGACGACCAGGAGGAGGAUGGAGGAGGAGCACCUGACAUCAUGGAUCUGCUACCUAGAACUGACGUCAGGUUUGAAUUCACACACUAAUACCCUUUUCACACUACCUCACCGCUCCUUCUCAGCACUCUUCCAUAUUUUCAGCAACUAUGGUGGUUGCGUAAUCAGGACAGCUUAGUCCUGCUUGGAUUGGAUUGGUCUGGCUCAGUGUGAAAAGCCCUAUACUACUAGGACUAUUUUGGUUUUGAUGGUUCCAUUCUAUGUUUAAUGGUUUAGCCAUUUCACCUUAUUAAUUCACUCUUUUCUUCAUCUCCUGUGCAGUGAUAAAAUCACACAAGACAUGGUGGAUAAGAUGAGUGAUAAGAACUGGAAGAUCCGUAAGGAAGGUCUGGAUGAGGUAGCAGCGGUCAUCUCUGAGGCCAAGUUUAUCAAGCCCAGUAUAGGAGAGCUGCCCAUGGCACUGAAGGGCCGACUCAACGACUCCAACAAGAUCCUGGUAAGAAAUGGUCUCUGCUCUGACUGAAGAGGCCAAUGUAUCUGACAGAUACCAUAAGAUACCAUGACAUAAAUUAACAUUUUAGAGAUCCUAAGCGAUCUGUUUUUCUCCAGGAUAUUGGCGUAUCAGUGCAAACAUCAUUUGUAGAUGUCCUGUGAUAUUGUAGGUAUUUCUGACACUGAAUUAUGUCUCUCCCCAGUGCCAGCAAACCCUGACUAUUCUUCAACAAAUGGCCGUAGCGAUGGGCCCAGCUCUGAAACAACAUGUCAAGAGUCUGGGCAUGCCCAUCAUCACUGUACUGGGAGACAGCAAGGUAAAGACUAUCAUAAUCUAAAAUACCUACGCAAAGGCAUGGGUAGCUAUUUAUGAUUAGUGUGAUAGAGAAUAUUAUACCGUGUGCAUAGUACAUACAUAUUACAAGCAUAACAAUCUCAUACAAGUGAUAUACUAGUGUGGAGUUGUCAGUAUCAGUUGUCACUCUCUGUGUCGUAUUGAGUGAAUAAUGGUGUUGACUCUGUGUCCCCUCCUCCCCUGUAGACCAACGUGCGUGCUGCUGCCAUGACAACCCUGCAGGCCUGGGUAGAACAGACCGGCAUGAAGGACUGGCUGGAGGGAGACGACCUUUCUGAAGAGCUCAAGAGAGAGAACCCUUUCCUCAGGCAGGAGGUACAAACACAGCCCUUCAGGUCCUCUCUUAAAAUCUCUGUUAAAGCCUACCUCUUGUAACUGGCAGUAAUGUGUACUAACAAUGUGGAUAGAUGGCUGUGUCAUGGGUAUUGUGUGGAAUCUGAGCACAAGGUUGAUUCACUGGGGGCAUUUGGAAGCAUAAUACCUCCAGCCAUGUUUGAGAAAGACCCAUGUAACGCCCCUCUGCUCCCCAGGUGCUGGGCUGGCUGGCAGAGAAGCUGCCCACCAUGCGUACGGUGCCCUCUGACCUGAUGCUGUGUGUGCCCUACCUGUACACCUGUCUGGAGGACCGCAACGGAGACGUGAGGAAGAAGGCCCAGGACGCCCUGCCCACCUUUAUGAUGCACCUGGGCUAUGAGAAGAUGUUGAAGGCCACUGACAAACUGAAGGUACGUUAUGCCAUGGAGGAGAUGACUUAGACAUGCUACAUUUGAAGAUAACUUGGCUAAAAUAUAUAUCUACCAGAGAUGGGUGAGGUGUAAGUUCAUUAGAUAGCUUUUGAAAACAACUGAAUGAGCGUAGAUGGUAGAGUAUAAUUUGCCUCGAAAUUCAGACUGAAUUACUAAUUCAUAGUGGAGUGGAAGAAAUUGGAAAACAGAGCUGAAUUCAGUCUGGAUUUCGAGGCUAGAGUACACUGUCUUAUGUCAGAUAGCGCAAUGGUUCAUGGCAACACUCACGUUGGAAUGACACCAUCUGUGGGAAGACAAUGGGCUGGGGUAUUGUUAUUGGGUACUGACUCAGAAGACAGUGGGCUGGGGUAUUGUUAUUGGGUACUGACUCAGAAGACAGUGGGCUGGGGUAUUGUUAUUGGGUACUGACUCAGAAGACAAUGGGCUGGGGUAUGGUUAUUGGGUACUGACUCAGAAGACAAUGGGCUGGGGUAUUGUUAUUGGGUACUGACUCAGAAGACAAUGGGCUGGGGUAUGGUUAUUGGGUACUGACUCAGAAGACAAUGGGCUGCGGUAUUGUUAUUCUGUAAUCUGACUCUGUGUGUCCCUGUCUUCCUCUCCUUGCAGCCGGCCUCGAAGGAGCCAGUGUCUGCCCUGCUGGAGAAGGCCCGGGCAGUGAUGCCAGCCAAGCCUGCUCCACCACCUGGCAAAGCUGGCGCAACAAAGUCUAUCAGUGGCGGCGCCCCCGCUGCAAAGUCAGGUUGGCUUGCCUCUCAGUUACUGUCUGAAUGAUGGAUGAGUCUUCAUCCCGAAUUGCACCCUAUUCCCUAUUUAGUGCACUACUUUUGACCAGGCUCCAUAGGGCUCUGGUCAUAAGUAGUGCACUAUGUAGGGAAUAGGGUGCCAUUUGGGACAUGCAAAGUAUCCACUACCACCAGUACAUUCCUUAUCAUGUGCUACACCAACUAAGUAACAUCAGCCAAGGAGGGAUCUAUCUUUCCAAUGUUCUAAUCUUGAGCAAUAAUCCAAUCAAUCAAUCAAAUGGUAUUUGUCACAUGCGCCGAAUACAACAGGUGUAGACUUUACCGUGAAAUGCUUACUUACGAGCCCUUUCCCAACAAUGCAGAAUUAAAAAGUAAGAAAAAUAACAUUUUGGGCAAAUAAGAAGGAAACAAGGAAAUAGUUACACAAUAAAAUAACAAUAGCGAGGCUAUAUACAAGGAGUACUGGUACCGAGUCAGUGUGCAGGGGUACGAGGUAAUGGAGGUAACAUGUAGAUGUAGGUAGUGGUAAAGUGUUAGAUUAAUUUGUAUUUUAAGAAUAAUGACUAAAGGAUUUCACCCCAAAUACAGUAUAAAUGUGUGAACGGUGUUGAGUUAUAAUGUAGUGGCAACCCACUAACAGAGGGGGGCGGGACUAAACAUUCCAGGGUGAAGGAGACUGCGGAAACUGUUUAAGAAAGCCUCCUAAAGGUGGGCGGAGCAAAGUGCCUUUGUGUGUCAAGGGGUAUAAAACAGUAUGUAUGGGUUUUUGGCGCCAGAGCUCACCAUGAAUAAAAAUACAGAUCAUUCUUGCUGGUUGUGGACCUUACAACCCCUGGUAAUGAUUCAAGCUUAGGUUGAAUUAGAGAUAUACAUUCUCGUGACAUAAAGGUGACUAGGCAAUCAGGGUAGAUGAUAAAGAGAGUAGCAGCAGCGUGUGUGUGGCGUCAAGAUGCGUGUGUGUGGCGUCAAGAUGCGUGUGUGUAUAAACUCAGCAAAAAAAGAAACAUCCUCUCACUGUCAACUGCGUUUAUUUUCAGCAAACUUAAGCAGUAUGGCUGGUGGCUUUGUCAUGCUGGAGGGUCAUGUCAGGAUGAGCCUGCAGGAAGGGUACCACAUUAGGGAGGAGGAUGUCUGCCCUGUAACGCACAGCGUUGAGAUUACCUGCAAUGACAACAAGCUCAGUCCGAUGAUGCUGUGACACACCGCCCCAGACCAUGACGGAACCUCCACCUCCAAAUCGAUCCCGCUCCAGAGUACAGGUCUCGGUGUAACUCUCAUUCCUUCGACGAUAAACACGAAUCCGACCAUCACCCCUGGUGAGACAAAACCGCGACUCGUCAGUGAAGAGCACUUUUUGCCAGUCCUGUCUGGUCCAGCGACGGUGGGUUUGUGCCCAUAGGCGACGUUGUUGCCGGUGAUGUCUGGUGAGGACCUGCCUUACAACAGGCCUACAAGCCGUCAGUCCAGCUUCUCUCAGCCUACUGCGGACAGUCUGAGCACUGAUGGAGGGAUUGUGCGUUCCUGGUGUAACUCGGGCAGUUGUUGUUGCCAUCCUGUACCUGUCCCGCAGGUGUGAUGUUCGGAUGUACCGAUCCAGUGCAGGUGUUGUUACACGUGGUCUGCCACUGCAAGGACGAUCAGCUGUCUGUCCUGUCUCCCUGUAGCGCUGUCUUAGGCGUCUCACAGUACGGACAUUGCAAUUUAUUGCCCUGGCCACAUAUGCAGUCCUCAUACCUCCUUGCAGCAUGCCUAAGGCACAUUCACGCAGAUGAGCAGGGACUCUGAAAAACACCAAAAGAAAGAUGCCCAGAGUCAGUAGAAAGGCCUCUUUAGUGUCCUAAGUUUUCAUAACUGUGACCUUAAUUGCCUACCGUCUGUAAGCUGUUAGUGUCUUAACGACCGUUCUUCAGGUGCAUGUUCAUUAAUUGUUUAUGGUUCAUUGAACAAGCAUGGGAAACAGUGUUUAAACCAUUUACAAUGAAGAUCUGUGAAGUUAUUUGGAUUUUUACGAAUUAUCUUUGAAAGACAGGGUCCUGAAAAGGGGACGUUUCUUUUUUUGCUGAGUUUAUAUGUGUUUGAGUGUCAGUGUAGUGAGUGGGCAUAGAGCCAGUGCAAGGAAAACGGGGGGUCAAUGCAAGUAGUCUGGGUAGCCAGUUGAUUAACUGUUCAGCAGUCUUAUGGCUUGGGGGUAGAAGCUGUUCAGGAGCCUUUUGGUCCCAGACUUGGCGCUCCGGUACUGCUUGCCGUGCGGUAGCAGAGAGAACAGUCUGACUUGGGUGGCUGUAGUCUUUGACCAUUUGUAGGGCCUUCCUCUGACACCGCCUGGUAUAAUUGACAUCUCUCUAGCUCCCUUGGACUCAUAGCCUGUCUUGUAAGAUGCAGGCUUAGUCUGUUAAGAUAUAUAAAAGUGUGAAAAAAAACAUCCUGCCCACUUUGUUUUUGCAGGUCCGUCUAAAGCUAAACCUAAACCUGUUAUUGAUGACUAUGAUGAUGACGAGCCGGAGCCUGAGACUAAGUCUAAGAAAGUGGUCAAGCCUGGAGCUGCUAAAAAGGUAUGCAUUUAUUCAUCUUUUCUUUUGUAUUAAGUUUAUUUGUCAGGGACCAUGUACAUAUGCAUUGUUCCACAUAUAGCUAGACUGAUAAUGUUAAUCUCCAGUCCCUGGAAAUCUUACUUGCCAAUGUCAUGAAAAUCUCAUUCAGUACAAUCUCAUUCAGCUCUCGGCACACCAAACACCUACAAUGUGCCAGCUUUCCUCUCUGUGAAAUGGAUAUUUCAUUCUGCAUUUAAUAGAACGCCCCCCAGGAAUCUGUUGCGAGCUCGAAUAAAGAUAGUGUCUGUAGUCCUAAAAGAUUUACAAAGGGGAAGCCUAGCAGCCAGCAGGUACAUGUUUACUAAUGUGUGACUCAGGAAUGACUAACUGGGUGGAGCCUUGCGUCGGGUGUUGAGGCACUGCGCCCGCGUCUGUCUCCAAUGUUGUGUGGGUACUAACACACAUGCACUCUGUCCGAGGCGUUGCUCAAUAUCAAAUACUUUUAAAUGUAGCUUUAUAUUCAUCUUUGUGUUUUUUGGUAAAAAAAUAUAUGGUUAGUGUGUAGCGCUUUUCAUUUACAGGCUGAAAUCACAAAGCUCUUUACAUUAUCAAGAUGAUGGUGUUUUCGUGUUGUCUUAACCUUUUUGUCUUUGUCUGACCACGCUAUACAUGAGUUUUACAGCUUACUUUUAUAUAAAGCUUUACAUCUUGUAGUAAUGUUUCUGUCUUUUUAAACCUCUAUCACAUAUUCUGAGAACAACCCUUUAGCUUUUAUCUAGCUUUGUAUCUUGUAAUGAUUACGUUUCUGUGCUUUGUCUUGUAAACCUCCACAUCUCUCUCUCCCCCGUCCCCGUCCCGUCUUCAGGGUGUGCUUGGGAAGAAAGCCCCGGUCACGAAGGCCAAUGCCAAGGAUGAGGAGGACCGGUCUGGCGUCAUCUUCAUCCUGGUCCCCAAUGGCAAGGAGCAGAGGAUCAAGGAGGAGAAAGGGCUCAAGGCACGUCACCGUGUAGCUUUUCAGUUUGUCACCGUGUAGCUUUUCAGUUUUGAUAAAAGGGAGGUUUCUCUUUGUAAUCACUUGAAAAAGUGAUGUAAAUCUCAAUGUGACUUCUCUGCUUAAAUAAAGGAUAAAUAAAAAUAAAUUGUGCAGUGGAGAUGGAAGCUAGAGGUUGCUAUAAAGGACAGUCAUGUUAUGUGUUUCAUCUGCUCCCUGACAGUGUUUUUUUGGAUGCCCAGGAUAACUGUUUGCUGAGCAAGACAUUUUAACUGUUUAUUUAAUGUUAUUUAACAGGGAGUCCCAUUGAGAGUAAAGUCUCUUGCAAAAGUGUAAAGGAAAAUAUUGUUUUAUUUUAUCCUUUAUUUAACCUGGCAAAAUCAUUUAAGAACAAAUUCUUAUUUACUAUGACAACCUUUCUUGCUGAACAAGAAAUAACUGGUAAUGUGAGUAAGAAUGCUGACUAUAAUUCUUGAAUAAUGAUAAUCAUCUAACUUGUGAUGCAGGUGUUGAAAUGGAACUUCCAGACACCGCGAGAUGAGUACGUGGAUCAGCUAAAGACUCAGAUGUCCACCUGCUUCGCCAGAUGGCUCCAGGACGAGCUGUUCCACGCUUCUGACUUCCAACGCCAGGUCAAGGCUAUCGGGGUCAUGGGAGAGGUGAGAAACCUGCAGGAGACAAUGAAACACACUAAUGAUUGGAUGGAGCCCUUGGUUGAGUGUCUUUUUUCUUUAACCUUUAUACAGGUUAGUGUUACUGAGAUGAAAUCUAUUUUACAGUAGAGACCUGCACUCUGUACAUAACCGCUUUUGGUGUUUGAGUCUGAAGAGUGAAAAGGCUUCAAAAAUCAAAUCUUGUUUUUAGUUUCUCUUAGACCAAAACCAUUAGUGUUUCUUAGAAACCUAAGGGAGUUGCUUGUUUACUUGACUGACCACAAUGUUAUGUUUCCACUCUGUAGCGUAUGGAGGAUGAGCUUGAGGGCACAGUCAGCUGCUUGGACCUGAUCCUGAAGUGGUUCACGCUGCGUUUCUUUGAGACCAAUAGCACUGUGCUGAUGAAGGUGCUGGAGUACCUCAAGCAGCUCUUCCCCACGCUUAGCAGAGAGAACUACCACCUCAACGAAUACGAGGCCUCCUCCUUCAUUCCCUACCUCAUUCUCAAAGUAAGUCAACCCCUACCUCAGUGGUCACCAACCGGUCGAUUGCGAUCGAUGGAGAUAACUGGUGGAUCUCAAAGGCAUUCCUAGUCGAUCACCAAACAUUUCUGUAAAAAACAACAACGAUAAAGCCUUUCGUUCCUUUUUUGGGGGUGGUUGGUGCACUAAAUUCAGCAGCCCUAGUGCCGGGAAGGAAAUGUUUUCCCAUUUGAAACCAUUUCACGUGCCUGAAGGUAGAACUCAGUAUACCCGGCAGGCCCAGGGAGCAAAUCAAGUGCACCUAUAGUCCUUCCGCUGGCCAAUCAGAUAGCUCAGAUCACCGUGUCUGCAGUUUCCUCAAGCAAUAGGCUGUAAGAAGAAGCGUUGAGCGCACAGCAAAGUUGAUACUGAGAGAUUUCAAAAUGUUUAAAACCAUGACUAGAGAGAAACUCAAUGAAUACAGCAAAGAGCUGCUGCUUUUAAUGUUGCAUAGGCUUAUGUUUUUAAGUCAUGAAAAUAAUGACUGAAAAGUUUGGUGACCAAUGCCCUACCUCAUCCUCCCAAGUAAGUCGGCCCCUCCCUCAUCCUCCCAAGUAAGUCGGCCCCUCCCUCAUCCUCCCAAGUAAGUCGGCCCCUCCCUCAUCCUCCCAAGUAAGUCGGCCCCUCCCUCAUCCUCCCAAGUAAGUCGGCCCCUCCCUCAUCCUCCCAAGUAAGUCGGCCCCUCCCUCAUCCUCCCAAGUAAGUCGGCCCCUCCCUCAUCCUCCCAAGUAAGUCGGCCCCUCCCUCAUCCUCCCAAGUAAGUCGGCCCCUCCCUCAUCCUCCCAAGUAAGUCGGCCCCUCCCUCAUCCUCCAACUAAGUCGUCUUCGAUUAAGGUCAGUAGAAAGUCUCUGUCGAUAGAGUGACGGUUGACCUGUAUGUUGAUGUGAAUUGUGCCAUAAAAGUUGACUUUGGGUAUGUUAAAUAUUUUUUACGGAAAUUAAAAAUUGUCUAAUAACAAGAAAGGUUUAGUAGAACAUUUGAUACACAGUGAAGCUGCAAAUGCCAAUAUGACUAUUGUCUAACCAUCUGUAACCCUGUUUCACCUGACAGGUUGGAGAGUCAAAGGAUGUGGUGCGUAAAGACGUGCGUGCCAUCCUCACCAUGUUGUGUAAGGUCUACCCCGCCAGCAAAGUCUUCCCAUUCCUCAUGGACGGGACCAAGUCCAAGAACUCCAAACAGAGAGCUGGUAAGAAAGAGAUUUUUAGUAGUGACUAAGGUGGACCAAGGCUAUAAGGACUAAAAUAGGAGAUGAUAGAAUUCAUUACAGUAAGUGAUUGUGUCAAAUGUUGUAAGUCAUUGUAAAAACGUUCAGGUUCUUAAUAAAUACUCUUAUGGGCUAGUUUCCCAGACACAGAUUAUACUUAGUCCUGGAUAAAAACUAUAACAUUGUUGGGGGGGAAUAUUAAAAUAUGUUUUUUUAGUCAAAGACUAGGCUUAAUCGGCUUAAUUCCUGUCUGUGAAAAGCUCCAGAUCUUACCAUCCAUCUCUCCCUGUAUUUUCCCAGAAUGUCUUGAGGAGCUGGGUUGUCUGAUAGAGAACUACGGGAUGAACGUAUGUCAGCCAACACCGGCCAAGUCCCUGAAAGAGAUUGCUGUUCACAUCGGAGACAGGGACAACUCGGUACGCAACGCUGCCCUCAACACAGUGGUGGCUGUGUACAACGUCUGUGGCGACCAAGUCUACAAACUCAUUGGCAAUGUAAGCUACUCACUAGUACAAUGGACUGUAACACUGAGUGUACAAAACAUUAGGAGCACCUGCUCUUUCCAUGACAUAGACUGACCAGGUGAAUCCAGGUGAAAGCUAUGAUCCCUUAUUGAUGUCACUUGUUAAAUCCACUUCAAUCAGUGUAGAUGAAGGGGAGGAGACUGGUUAAAGAAGGAGUUUUAAGCCUUGAGACAUGGAUUGUGUAUGUGGACCAUUCAGAGGGUGAAUGGGCAAGACAAAAUAUUUAAGUGACUUUGAAUGGGGUAUGGUUUGGGUGUGUCAAGAACUGCAACGAUCAACUCAAUAUUAGGAAGGUGUUCAUAAUGUUUUGUACACAGUGUAUACUACAAUAGAGGGUAUGUCACAACGCAGGAUCAAUGAGUUAACCAGCUAACUUGCUUAAAUCUUCUGGAAUUAAUACAUUUUAAAAAGAUAUGCUUGAAAUGGGCAUGGACUGUUUCAACCAACAACUAAUUUAAUUUAUUAAUGAACCAUUAAAAUCUGUAUGUUUAUCAAAUUUGGCUAACUUAGUAUCCUGCUUUGGACUAGACCCCUCUGGAUAUAUCAUCUCCGGUGUUAAUCUCGAACAUCCUCUGUCUUUCUCCUGCAGUUGUCUGAGAAGGAGAUGAGUAUGUUAGAGGAGCGGGUCAAGCGCUCAGCUAAGAAGACCCCGGCAGCAGCCCCACCACCCAACAGACAGACUGCAGAGAGGGAGAGGCCCCAGAGAGAGCACCCUUCCAACCCCAACGCUACCUUCAUGAGAAAGCCUGCUCAGCAACCUCAGGAAGAAGUGCCCAACAAGCUCAAGUAUGGGAAGGAUCAACUCCCUUGUCUACUGCCUCCUCAACUACCUGCUACAGCAUGGCUCUCUCUUCUAACAAACCUACCUAUGGGGUUUUUACUAUACUUUAGUCUGGUGAUCUAGUAGAUGGUAAAGUACAGUGGUACUAACAUUCAUGGCAAAGAAAUUCUGUCCAUGUCUUAAGACCUUCCUACAAACCCUCGUAAGAAUAUCUUAAUGCUCCUCCUCAAUGUCUUUUGAGUAUCUUUCCUCCUAUUCUAACCUCUGUUUCAUUGGGUACAGCUAAAGGCAUGUGACUGGCCUGCAACUCAUUGACAGUCCAAUGUGGGCAACCCUAAACUGACCCUAACCUUGACCAAACCCCUAACGCUAACCUCAAACCUAACUUUAACCAAUUACAAAAAUCAACAUGUGUUCGCUGGUCAGUCUCCCUUUAGUUUUCCCUGUUUCAUUGCAUGGUGUGGUCUCUUAAUCCUGAGCCUCUCUUCUCUUUUAUAAUUGCUCUUUUCUUAUCGCUGCUCUGCUCUCCAUGGACAGAAUAAUGUAUCGCACUUAUAGGAUGUGAGUACCGCCGUGCCUCUCCCAUACAGUGUGCCCUCUGCUCUCCUCCAGAAGCACUCCGGAUGGGGAUGUAAUCUAAUCAUCUAAUGUAACACUCACCAGUCUAAACCAAGUAGUUAAUUCACUGUCCUCCCCUCCUCCUCGUUCGUUGUAACUGUCUUAAUGUGUUCAUGGUAACCUUCCAGUGUCCAGACUAGCAAACCGCUAUGUAUUGGGGUGCAUUAUAAGUAGUAUGCUAGUGCGAGUAUUUGAACAGAGCUAAUGUGUGCUGCCUGCCUCUCUGUCUGUGUUGGUUUCCAUGACAUGGUUCUGAUUCUGAAUGAUCCUCUUCUGUCCUCCCUCCACCAGCCAAGCGCGGGCUCAGAACGCAGAACGGGAACACUCACACCCCUCCAUCCCCAAGGAGUUUCAGCUGGAUCUGGACAUCAUUGAGAAUGACCACACGCGGGUCAGUGAGCUGCCCGACCUGGUCCAACACAAACUGGAGGAACUGCUGGAGCCCAUCAUGAUGCCAGAGCCCAAGUAAGUGUCUAGCUGCCCUGAGGCUAAUACUCUACCAGCUGCCCUGAGCCUAAUACUCUACCAGCUGCCCUGAGCCUAAUACUCUACCAGCUGCCCUGAGGCUAAUACUCUACCAGCUGCCCUGAGGCUAAUACGCUACCAGCUGCCCUGAGGCUAAUACGCUACCAGCUGCCCUGAGGCUAAUACGCUACCAGCUGCCCUGAGGCUAAUACGCUACCAGCUGCCCUGAGGCUAAUACGCUACCAGCUGCCCUGAGGCUAAUACGCUACCAGCUGCCCUGAGGCUAAUACGCUACCAGCUGCCCUGAGGCUAAUACGCUACCAGCUGCCCUGAGGCUAAUACGCUACCAGCUGCCCUGAGGCUAAUACGCUACCAGCUGCCCUGAGGCUAAUACGCUACCAGCUGCCCUGAGGCUAAUACGCUACCAGCUGCCCUGAGGCUAAUACGCUACCAGCUGCCCUGAGGCUAAUACGCUACCAGCUGCCCUGAGGCUAAUACGCUACCAGCUGCCCUGAGGCUAAUACGCUACCAGCUGCCCUGAGGCUAAUACGCUACCAGCUGCCCUGAGGCUAAUACGCUACCAGCUGCCCUGAGGCUAAUACGCUACCAGCUGCCCUGAGGCUAAUACGCUACCAGCUGCCCUGAGGCUAAUACUCUACCAGCUGCCCUGAGACUAAUACUCUACCAACACAGGUUGGGAGGUCUGCCUGCCAACUUUCCGACUUUCUUACAUUUGUUCUGAAAUAGCCAUGUGGUUAAUAGCCGAGUGCCUGCCCAGAGCCUUCCACAAAAUCUGGCUGGGAGAGAUGUGUAUUGAUGGAUCUUAGAACUUCAAAAAACAUCUUAAGAUCCUGUCAUCAUAAGACUAAUGGUGGUUAUAUAAGGUAUGAGUUGUUUGUGUUCCCUCAGGAUCCGCUCUGUGUCGCCCCACUUUGACGACCUCCACAACAGCACUGCGUCCACCAUCAACUUUGUCAUCUCCCAGGUGGCCAGUGGAGACAUCAACACCAGCAUCCAGGCUCUGGCCCAGGUACAGCAUUUACUGUAGUGUAGGCAUAGCACAGGAGGUUGGUGGCACCUUAAUUGGGGAGAACGGGCUCGUGGUAAUGGCUGGGGUGGAAUUAGUGGAAUGGUAUCAAAUACAUCAAACACAUGGUCUCCAGGUGUUUGAUGCCAUUCCAUUUGCUCCGUUCCGGACAUUAUUAUGAGCCAUUCUCCCCUCAGCAGCCUCCACUGGGGCAUAGCAACAUCACUCGCUGGGCAAUACCAGGCUUUACUGUUAAACUUGAAACUUUUAUUUAUUUAUUUGCCAAGUGUAAUGAAUACAUUGGAAAUGAUGUUCACCCAAUCUCUCACAAUAACAACCACAAGAAAUUGAAGUAAGGUAACCUCUGGUAGAAAGAUAUGGCACAUAGAAGCAAACCGGAUGGACAUCAUGAAAAUGAUCGGAGAGGUUGAGGGUAGAGGAAGUUCAGGAGUAAAAACAAACUAAAUAGAAUUAUUGUAAAAUUGACUGUGUCCAUAAAAUGCAUAUAGUAUGUAUAAGCUGGAAGUAGAGGCCUAAGCGUUGUUGUUCACUAGUUUACUCAAAUUAUGGAAGGGGUGGUGGGGCUGGAAAGUAAUAAAGGGAAAUAUAUAUUUUUUUUAAAGGAUAGAUAUAUAUGUGUGUGUGUGUGUGUGUGUGUGUAUAUAUAAUAUAUAUUUGCGAGAGAAAAAAACAUAUGGGGGAUUGGAAGUGAUGCAGACAAUUACAUUGAUGGAAGUUACAAUCUAUCUGCAAUAUUAAAGCUGAUCUACCCCCUAAAAAAUAAAACUCUGGUAACCUCUUAACACCCAUCUAUCACCUGAGGUACUCUGCUCUGGUUAGGAGAGGGCAAGCGGUUGAUAAAGACAGUACCAAAGUCUGUGUGGUGUGGGUCUCUCUCUGUCUCCCCCAGAUUGACGAGGUGUUGAGGCAGGAGGACAAGGCGGAUGCCAUGUCAGGUCACAUUGACCAGUUCCUCAUCGCUACCUUCAUGCAGCUGCGUCUCAUCUACAACACACACAUGGCCGACGACCGCCUCGACAAAAAGGACAUCUUCAAGCUCUACAGCUGCAUCAUUGGCAACAUGCUCUCAGUGAGUAGUAUGACUACACAUGAACACCACUAGGGGGUGUUACUGGGCUGGUUCAAGGAGUUGGCGCUCUCUCUCCAGAGGGGUUUUGUUUUACCAUUUUAAAGCCUGAAGAUUUUCAGUGUAUCCUGGUGCAGAUCUUUGUAGAGCAACAUUAAAGGGGAUUUUUUAUAAUUAUUAUUGUUUGAUUUUACCAAACAGUUUUUUAGGGCUUAGUAGACUGGUGUUGACAUCUGUGUCUCUGCCCUGGGUCUGUCUCCUGUGUACUGUAGCUGUUCUCUAUGGAGAGCCUGGCGCGGGAGGCGUCGAUGGGCGUGCUGAAGGACCUGAUGCACGGUCUGAUCACCCUGAUGCUGGAUGCCCGGGUGGAGGACAUCGAGGAUGGGCAACAGCUCAUCCGCUCCGUCAACCUGCUGGUGGUCAGAGUGCUGGAGAAGUCUGACCAGACCAACAUCCUCAGGUCAGAUUCUACUCACUUUCUGAGACUGAUGGGGGAUGUGAUACAUUUUUUCUUCCUGAUUUAAUCAGGAAUUUCUAUUCAUAUUGAAAUGUUCCUACCCCCCAAACAAACAUCCUACUUUUCCUGAUUUGAUAUGUUGGAAUCUCCAGGGAGUUACAGUAUCUAGUGUUUAUGCAGAGUCCCUGAUCUAUCUCUCUGCAGUGCUCUUCUAGUGCUGCUACAGGACAGCCUUACCACUUCAUCAGGGUCUCCUAUGUUCUCUGAACUGGUCAUGAAGGUAAUAACACUCUUUCAGUAUAUUUUGUUGUGGGAGUUUACUUUUGUCAGUGUACAUACUAUUAGAGCUGAGAAUUGCCAGGGACCUCACAAUAUGAUAUUUUCACGAUAAUAUGUAUUGUGAUUCUCAUGAUUAUAUGUUUUGUGAUUUUUUUUUUACUGCGAUUUUAUUGCAAUUUGAUGUUUCAAACAUAUUGCUCACCAUGUCUGCUGCAGAGAGACAAGAGAGAGCAUGAGAAAAUGAGUUUUGAUCAGUCAGGGAAAUAAAAGUGCUGAAAACAUGUUGGCUCACUAUUUUAAAAAGAAAAUGGAGAACAAGCUAUAGGAUGAAAAAUAUCAGGAGUUUUGGUGCAGGUACAGCUGACUAGCGCUAGCUAACGCUACCUAGCAUGUUUUGUACAAAUCGAUACUUGGAGUAAUAAUAUUGCGAUAUGUAACAAUCCAUUUUUUCCCCCAUCCCUACAUAUCAUGUACAUUGUCGAAUUGAUUUUCGCAGAUGUAAACUUCCUGUUCUUUGGAUUCACAACUGACACAUAAAUGGAGGAUAAUGAAUGAGGUUAAAAAGUGAUGAAUUUCCCCUUUACACUGCCUGUACAAUCACAAACUGAUGAUUGGAGUUAAAUUGAGUUUAUUUUGUUCCAUGUCUGCAGUGCCUGUGGCGUAUGAUCCGGUUCCUGCCAGAGACCAUCAACAGCAUAAAUCUGGACCGCAUCCUGCUGGAUGUCCACAACUUCAUGAAGGUGUUCCCCAAAGAGAAACUCAAGCAGCUGAAGAGUGACGUACCCCACAGGACCCUCAAGACUCUGCUGCACACACUGUGUAAACUCACUGGAAACAAGGUACUACACACACACACACACACACACACACACUGUGUAAACUCACUGGAAACAAGGUACUACACACACACACUGUGUAAACUCACUGGAAACAAGGUACUACACACACACACACUGUGUAAACUCACUGGAAACAAGGUACUACACACACACACUGUGUAAACUCACUGGAAACAAGGUACUACACACACACACACACUGUGUAAACUCACUGGAAACAAGGUACUACACACACACACUGUGUAAACUCACUGGAAACAAGGUACUACACACACACUGUGUAAACUCACUGGAACAAGGUACUGGACAUUCACAGCCAAUGGUUCAGUGAUUAUGUUGUGUUUUAUGUACGCAGAUGAAUUUCCCCUUGAGAGACAAUGAAGUUGUAUUGAAUUGAACCACCUUACCAUUUAUUAGUGCAUUAUUCAGGGGUACUGCUGUCUGUUUUCAUUAAGUAGACCAUAGAUAAGCUGCUGUUGUUUUGACCAUGUUGAUUUGCGGUGUCUAGAUCCUAGACCACAUGUCCAUGAUCGAGAACAGGAAUGAGUCUGAGCUGGAGGCCCACCUGAGACGUGUGGUCAAACACUCUGGAAACUUCUCUGGCAUGAAGACAGACAGGGGCACAGAGAAAGGACAGGUAUGUUCACUUAACCCAACCUCUAAUUGUUUGAUUUAUUUAACACCAUUCAAGUGAAUACACUGAAUUAAAAAUAACUGAGGAUAAAUGCGUCAGCUUCCACAAUAGCCUGUCUUCUUACUGCUUCCAGGAUGACAGGAUGUCUAAAGCUAAAGUGAGCGACAUCCUCUCUGAGAUCUUCAAGAAGAUUGGUUCCAAGGAAAACACAAAAGAGGUGAUUAUUUUCAUUUUUUUUAUUUUUUUAUUUUUUUUAUUUCACCUUUAUUUAACCAGGUAAGCCAGUUGAGAACAAGUUCUCAUUUACAACUGCGACCUGGCCAAGAUAAAGCAAAGCAGUGCGAUAAAAACAACAACACAGAGUUACAUAUGGGGUAAAACAAAACAAAGUCAAAAAUACAACAAAAAAAAUAUAUAUAUACAGUGUGUGCAAAUGUAGCAAGUUAUGGCGGUAAGGCAAUAAAUAGGCUAUAGUGCAAAAUAAUUACAAUUAGUAUUAACACUGGAAUGAUAGAUGUGCAAGAUAUGAUGUGCAAAUAGAGAUACUGGGGUACAAAUGAGCAAAAUAAAUAACAAUAUAGGGAUGAGGUAGUUGGGCGGGCUAAUUUCAGAUGGGCUGUGUACAGGUACAGUGAUCGGUAAGGUGCUCUGACAACUGAUGCUUAAAGUUAGUGAGGGAGAUAAGUGUCUCCAGCUUCAGAGAUUUUUGCAAUUUGUUCCAGUCAUUGGCAGCAGAGAACUGGAAGGAAUGGCGGCCAAAGGAGGUGUUGGCUUUGGGGAUGACCAGUGAGAUAUACCUGCUGGAGCGCAUACUACGGGUGGGUGUUGCUAUGGUGACCAAUGAGCUAAGAUAAGGCGGGGAUUUGCCUAGCAGUGAUUUAUAGAUGGCCUGGAGCCAGUGGGUUUGGCGACGAAUAUGUAGUGAGGACCAGCCAACAAGAGCGUACAGGUCACAGUGGUGGGUAGUAUAUGUGGCUUUGGUGACAAAACGGAUGGCACUGUGAUAGACUACAUCCAAUUUGCUGAGUAGAGUGUUGGAGGCUAUUUUGUAAAUGACAUCGCCGAAGUCAAGGAUCGGUAGGAUAGUCAGUUUUACGAGGGCAUGUUUGGCAGCAUGAGUGAAGGAGGCUUUGUUGCGAAAUAGGAAACCGAAUCUAGAUUUAACUUUGGAUUGGAGAUUCUUAAUGUGAGUCUGGAAGGAGAGUUUACAGUCUAACCAGACACCUAGGUAUUUGUAGUUGUCCACAUACUCUAGGUCAGACCCGUCGAGAGUAGUGAUUCUAGUCGGGUGGGCGGGUGCAGGCAGCGUUCGGUUGAAGAGCAUGCAUUUAGUUUUACUAGUGUUUAAGAGCAGUUGGAGGCUACUGAAGGAGUGUUGUAUGGCAUUGAAGCUCGUUUGGAGGUUUGUUAACAGUGUCCAAUGAAGGGCCAGAUGUAUACAAAAUGGUGUCGUCUGCGUAGAGGUGGAUCUGAGAGUCACCAGCAGCAAGAGCGACAUCAUUGAUAUACACAGAGAAAAGAGUCGGCCCAAGAAUUGAACCCUGUGGCACCCCCAUAGAGACUGCCAUAGGUCCAGACAACAGGCCCUCCGAUUUGACACAUUGAACUCUAUCUGAGAAGUAGUUGGUGAACCAGGCGAGGCAGUCAUUUGAGAAACCAAGGCUAUUUAGUCUGCCAAUAAGAAUGCGGUGGUUGACAGAGUCGAAAGCCUUGGCCAGGUCAAUGAAAACGGCUGCACAGUACUGUCUAUUAUCGAUCGCGGUUAUAAUAUCGUUUAGGACCUUGAGCGUGGCUGAAGUGCACCCAUGACCAGCUCGGAAAACCGAAUUGCAUAGCGGAGAAGGUACGGUGGGAUUCGAAAUGGUCGGUGAUCUGUUUGUUAACUUGGCUUUCAAAAACUUUUGAAAGGCAGGGCAGGAUGGAUAUGGGUCUGUAACAGUUUGGAUCUAGAGUGUCACCCCCUUUGAAGAGGGGGAUGACCGCGGCAGCUUUCCAAUCUCUGGGGAUCUCAGACGUUACGAAAGAGAGGUUGAACAGGCUAGAAAUAGGGGUUGCGACAAUUUCGGCGGCUAUUCCUGUUCAUGUAUUCAUACCUUCAUUUUACUGUUUGCACCCUCCUGCUCAGGUCCUAAUUAUAGAAGAGAAUGUGUUCUCAAUAACUGGUUAAAGAAUUCCCAGUACCACUCCAGAGUUGUUUUAGUAAGUUAACUGUGUGUUGUGACUGUGUUGUGUUCUCCCCAGGGCCUGACAGAGCUGUAUGAGUAUAAACAGAAGUACUCAGACGCUGACCUGGAGCCCUUCCUGAGGAACACGUCUCAGUUCUUCCAGAGUUACGUGGAGAGAGGCCUGCGCAUGAUCGAGUCUGAGAGAGAGGGCAAAGGCAGGAUCCAGCCUUCUAGCACAGGUACUAACCCUGCAGGAUUAAAGGGGAAUGAUUGGUAUUUACCUUUUGAUACUUUAUCUGAUAUGACUAGUGUACCAUGUCCAACCCUCAUACUUUAGUCCCAAACCUUUAACUGAGCAUUAGGGAAUGCAAUCAUAUGACCGGCCUCUAGUGCUCUGGUAUAAGCAGUGUUAUUACUGUUGUGGUUUACUAGUAGCUAGCUACUGUAUGUAUAUUCAUUGAUAGUAUACGCAUCUGCUGGACUGGUUAAAAAGCCGCUCAGUAGCUGUGAAGAGUUGAAGUGCAAUAUUUCUGUCUGUUCCAGUGAUUCCCCAACAUGGCCUAGACUCUGGCCCGGUGCCUCUGAACGGAGAGGAGAUGAAACCUGCAGUUUACUACGAGAGACUGAAGAUACUGAGACAGAGACAGGGACUGGAGAACAACUCCAGGGUUAGUUUAACAUUGAUCACAUUGAUGCCACUUGGCUUACAAUUUCACAUUUAUAUUUAUAUGUUUAUAUUAUGAUGUAGAAUUUGAAUACUUAGUAUUGAUGAGUGUCCAAUCCCCUUCUUCCCAGAAAUAGGGAAAAAGAACGGAAAAGAGGCAAAAAAGGAAAAGAGGCUCUUCCCCCCUUCUUCCCCUCCCUUCCCUCUUUCCCCCUCCCUUCCCCUCUUUCCCACUCCAUUCCCCCUCUUUCCCCCUCUCCCCUCUUUCCCCCUCCCUUCCCCUCUUUCCCCCUCCCUUCCCCUCUAUCUCCUUCUUCCCCUUCCUCUCCUCGCUCUGCACAACAGCAGGCUCAGCUGUUGCAAGCAGGUUGGAAGGGGGACAGUGUACAGGACGCGUCCCCAUCACGUCCCUGCUGUCCAAGCCCUCGGUGGGCCUCCUCAACAGACAUUGCUCACAAAGCAAAACUGUCUCCAGCUCAAGGAGUCUUCAGUGAGUCCCACUUCCAGCAGGAGCAGUCCCACUCCCACAGCCCUGCACGCUCCUCGUCCCCCGCCGCCAACCUCGACGACCUCAAGAAGAGGCUGGAGCGGAUAAAGAGCAACCGCCAAUGA